UCUAACUUCAUAGGUGGCAUGGUUCCUUCAUUUCCCUAUCACCCAAGUCCAUGUGACCCCCCUUUCAAUGAAGACAGUGAUAAGAGUGAAGAAAGCCCAAGUCCUAAGCGUCAACGCCUCUCCCAUUCAUUUUUUGAAUAUACAGCUGUAUCUCCUGCUCCCUCAUCACCAAUGCGACCAUGGGAGAUGACAUCUAAUAGGCGACCUCCCUCAGCUCGACCAAAUCAACACCAUUUCUCAGGGGAAAGAUGCAAUACACCUGCACGAAACAGAAGAAGUCCUCCUGUUAGGCGUCAAAGAGGAAGACGAGAAAGACUGACUAGACAUAGUUCUGUGAACCAAGACGAAAACUACCACCAUCAUCCUUAUGGACAGCAGCCAGCUGCAGAGGAACCCAGAGCAUUUCACCCUCCAACUGUAUCUCCACGCAUGCUCCACCCUGCUGCACACCCACCUCAACAGAAUGCAGUGGUGGUUGACAUCCAUGAACAGGCACUUCUUAACCUAGCAGAACGACUGGGAGAAGCCAAACCACGUGGGCUUACAAAAGCAGACAUUGAACAACUUCCAUCCUAUAGGUUUAACCCUAACAACCACCAGUCAGAGCAGACUUUAUGCGUAGUGUGCAUGUGUGAUUUUGAAUUAAGGCAACUACUUAGAGUCUUACCCUGCAACCAUGAGUUUCAUGCCAAGUGUGUCGACAAAUGGCUGAAGGCAAACCGUACAUGUCCAAUUUGUCGAGCUGAUGCUUCGGAAGUUCACCGUGAUUCAGAAUGAAACCAAUCAAAUAGCACAAAUUUGGGUGUUCUUUGUGGCAUAGAUGAACUGUUCAUUGGACUUAAUCUAUUGUGGCUUCCAGCCUUCCCUUUACAUUAAGGGUCAUAAUGUGAUGCAGUCAUUUGACCUUCCUUUGCACUGUGUGAUUCAAUGACUUAUAAAGCUUAUAUAGUCUUCACAUUGAAACAAUUAUGGGAUUGUUAUACUAACAGUGUGAUUGGAACUCCAAAGAUUUUUUUUUCAGCUUAAUUCGUGUGUGCACUAACAUUCCCUGGUUUUUGUGUGAUCAUUCCAGGUGUUGCUGCAGGAUUACAGUGGAUGUGAUCUUUUGGCAUGUGUGCUUUUUUGAUUUUAUUUAUAUAUAUAUUUUAUAUAGAUAUAUAUAUAUAAAUAAAGAGGUAGUUAAACUGUUUUAGCAAUCUACCUUAUAGAGCCUUCAGGUACUGUGAGUGAGUAUGAUUGUAAGUGUGCAAGUAUUUUAGCCAAAUGUACUUUUUCCAGACAAGCUUAAGUACUGGCAUAAAGUGAGUUGUAUGUGUGUAGUCUUAAUUAUGCUGAAAUGUGUAGCUGUGUUAUUUAUACAGUACUAGUACUGUACACUGGUUUCUCCCUUUUUGUUUGCAGUUGCACACUGUAUACUAAGGGUGCAGCAAUUAUGAAUUUUUUCACUCAGUUGCUCCUCAGUAUUUUAUAUUGGCAGAUUAGAAAAGCAUAUAUUUAUAACACACCCCAGCGAAAUGAUUAAGGGUGGAAGAUUGUGCAAAUUUAUAAAACUAUUAUUACCCAGCAAACCAAAGCAAUGAGUGGCUGAAAUAAUUUGCUUAGUUUUCCUGUAAUGUACAGUGAAUGGAAAUCUUAUAUAAGCAAAGUGACAGGUUUGAAACUGGGUGUGCUAUAAAAAUAUCACUUAUUGCUAUAUAUUACUGGCCAGUCUAAAAAUGUGGGUCUCAGGUGUGCAACAAAGUCCUAUAAGCACCUUAAAAUGUAACUUUGGUUGUUGAACAACUUUGGUUGUUAAACUACUUUGCUGCAUUGAAAAAUUUAAUUCUCUGCUUUAUCAUUUGAUUUUAAUAUCCAUGCCAUGCCCUGUUCUAACACUACAUUCAACUUAAUGUUGCUUUCUUUUAAAAAAACUGAUUUGAAUGCAGCAUUAGUAGGCAUUCUAUUCCAAAUUUUAUACAAGCUUUCAGCUCCACCUUUCAAAUUAUAUUUCUGACUAAUUAAAUAUUUUCUCCCAUCUUUAGUUUUUGGUUCUUCCACUGUGUGCAAUAUUUUACAUAAUUGCAUUUCCUUAGAUUUGGUUAUAUAUGUUUCUCUGUAUACAUCUUAAACUAACCCCAUAAAAUUAUUCACACUUGCAAAAGGCCGAGUCACAGAACUAAGCAGAUACUGUUUUAAAACUUUUAGGAAAACAUUGAGCAGUUAUUUUUUGCCCCUGAGCAAUUAUUAGAUCAGAGACCUACGUCGUGAUGAGGACAAUAAUCAACAGUCUGAAGAGCUCCUCAAAAGAAGUAUUUAAUUCAAUUCUAAGUAAAUUUUUUAAAGCAAAUUACUAUUUUUAUAGUAUACAUAGGGAUUGAUUGUUAAAUGUGAACAUUUGGGGAAAAUGUAGCGGUCAUGCAGAUUUGCAAUGAAGAAAAAUCUAAACUAAUUUUUUUGUUCCUCUUAGAAUGUCAUUGCUCAGUAGUCAUCUUUAAAUCUGUAUUCAUUAUUCUUGUAGACUUAACACUUUGCUAGUAAAAAUUGAACCCAAUGUUUGAUUAAAGCAAUGAUUGCAGUCCAUUGGUUUGGAAACUGUUAUUAUGAAUACAACUUGAGACUUAUUGUAAUUAUUUAAUGGUCACACCUACAGCAGGUGGUUUAUUUGUUUUCAAUUUGGUUGGAUUUUUUAAUAUGCUUGGGGACCUAGUAUUGCCACAGAUCAGACCUGCCUCUAUAACUGCUCAUCACUUAAAUUGGGUGCAAAAGCAGAUCUAAUUUUCCCUUGUCUUACCUAGUUAUUUUCUACUUUUGGCCAUGUUUAUAAAAAAAAAACUUGGAACUGAUGAUUUCUGGUCUUUUGCCUCAGUUGUAGUAGUAACUAAAUGCAAAUCCCAUCUGUGGACUCACCCUUCUCUCCACUUUCAUCAUAGAGUAAUGGUAUCAGAACAUUAAUGUUUUUGUUUUGAACCAUACUAUAAAAUUGGAGUCAAUAGAAUUUGACAAGAGUGUUGAAUAGCCCGAACACCAAGAAAAUAUGUCUUGAAUCUGUGUUUUUGAUUUUCAAUAUUCCCUGGAUGUUACCAACCAGUGUUAAUGUUCCACUCACAUGCUGCUGGUCCUGAAUUGAAGGCUGUUCCUCACAAGGCUAAUCCAGUAUUUCUAAAAGACUGUAGCUGAGAGCCUUGCUCAGACAUUUAAAAUGCAAAAAUAGGUGCCUAAUUUAUCUGUUUAGUUAUAUGUAUAAAGGUGAGCAUUCUUCAUUAUGGCUUACUCUUUGAGCCUGAAUGCUUUGUGUGUGGGUUCUUGAAUGGAAAUAAGAUGUAUAAAAAGAAAAGUUGCUGACGUUUUCAAUAUUGCACAAAAAAUUUGUGAACUUAACUAAAAUGACCUGAAUUUCAGAAUGUUUGAUAAAUUCUGAGCAAAUUGCUCUUAUUUAAAUUAUUUAUGCAACACAGCAUUUGCAAAUCAUGAAAGAGAAGUUGGAAAUGCCAGUCUUUUAGAAAUGCUUUUCUUUCCCCUUGUUCAGUCCCUUCCCAUUACAUCUACAAUUCUUCUGACACUUUACAUCAGUUUCAGAAUUCCCAGUUUGCCAGCUCUGACUGCUCCCUCUUUACCAUGGUACAAUCCAUGUUCAUCACCCGUCAGGAUUGUUUCAGGGCUCUCUGCUUAUUCCUGGGGAAAAAGCCUGAACCUUCCACCACCACCAUCCUCCUCCACCUAACCGAACUCGUCCUCAACUUCUCUUUUAACCCCUCUCAUUUUCUUCAGGUCAAGGAGAUGGUGAUGGGUACUUGCAUGGGCCCCAUUUAUGCCUGUCUCUUUGCAGGUUACUUUCUCUGGUAUACCAAUGAUGUCUUUGGUGCUGCUUCCCCCUCUCGUCCGCAGUUGGCAAGCUUUUAUCAAUUUUGCUUCCAAUUUCCACACCGGCCCUCACCUUCACCUGGUCCAUCUCAGACUCUUCCCUUCCUCAACAUCUCAGUUUCCAUUCUGCGGAUAGGCUGGCCACCAAUAUCCACUACAAACCAACUGACUCCCACAGUUACCUUAACUGUACAUCCUCACCCUACUUCCUGUAAAGACUCUAUUCCAUUUUCCCAGUUCCUCCGUCCCUGUUGCAUCUGUUCUGAUGAUGCCAGCUUUGACAAGGAAGCCUCUGAAAUGUUCACCUUCCUCAACUGCAGAUUUCCCAGCACCAUAAUUGACAGGGUCCUCAACCAGGUCCACCAUCUCCUGCACUUUAGCCCUCAUCUUCUCUCUUCCCUCCCACUACAGAGGUAGGGUCUCCCUUCCAUCUGUCGUCACCUUCCAUCCUACCAGUAUCCACAGUCAGUGGAUCAUUAGCCACCAUUUCAGCCACCUCCAGCAGGGUGCUACCACCAGGCACGUAUUCCCCUUCCCCCUCCCCUCCCUUAUCAGCCUUUUGCAAGGACCAUUCCCUCAGGGACACCCAUCCUUCACUCCUAACAGACUCCACAGCCCCACAGACCCUUCCCCUGCAACUGCAGAAGGUAUAAUACCUGCCCAUUUACUUCCUCCCUCCUAAGUAUCCCAGGGCCCAAACACCUUCCAGGUGAAGCAGUGUUUUACCUGCGCUUCAUUGAAUCUAGUCUACUGUAUUCACUGCUCAUAAUGUGAUCUCUUCUACAUUGGGGAAAUGAAGCGUAGACUGAGUGACCGCUUUGCAGAACAUCUACAUUCUGUCCACAAAAAAGACCCUGAGCCUCCAAUAGCUCACCAAUCACAUGGUGUGCUAUUACACAUUAUUGUUCAUUCGCCACUAACAGUCCCCAUUCAUUCUCCUAUGCUAACUGUUCUCCACUCCUUUGUCUGUCCAGCUGCUCGUCUGUCCAGCUGCUCAUCUGUCUCUUUGGGGUCUAUCUCCACCUAUAGUUUACUUGUUGCUCCACCCACACACCCAACCCACUUUCCCCCCCCCCCCCCCCCCCCCCCCGACACCACACGCGCUCUCGCACACACUUGUCUACGUAAAAGCCAGUGUUUCCCUAGCUACCAUCAGUUCUGAAGAAGGGUCACUGGAUCCAAACUGUUAAGUCUGAUAUCGCUGCACAGAUGCUGCCAGACCUGCCGAGAGUUUCCAGCAAUUUCUGUUUUCGUUUCUGAUUUCCAGCAUCCACAGUUCUUUCUUCUUAAGAAAUGCUGGAUUGUUAUGAUGCAAUCUGUUUAGCAUAAUAAUGUGGAUAUGUACAAUUAAUUCUGAAUUCUAAAGUUAUGGGACUUUGUUGAAAUGGAUACAUUCAUCUAAAGAAAAGUUAUAGCAUGGGUAAUGUUAUAUCUGUCCUUGAAAAUAGUUAUGGAAGACUGAUUGAAAGAGCUCAUAUGUAUCUGAAAACAAAAUUGAAGUUAGCGCUUUUUGUUAUCAGUGAUUUCUUUAACUGUUUCCUGUAGCACCAAAUAAAAACAACUCACAACUUCCGCAUGAUACCACGUUGCGUUACAAUGACAUUUCACGUGACCGUGCAUUAUAAGCAGAAUGUACACCGACAUUGUAUUACUGUUUUCCCUGCUAUACUGUGAGCACCUAAAAUGUUUUUAAGCAGCUGUAUAUCCGUUUCUGUGCUUAUAAUGUACUACAGCUAUGAAUGCUGAGACUGAGAUGCAUACAUAGUAUUACCUGGAUGAUAUUAUUUAGGUUGAACAGUGCUGCCUUAUUUCUUAAAGUAGACCAUGAUUCUCCUUCACAAAGUAGUUAAUUAUCAUCAUGCCAUCAUAAUUUAUGAAGUCCAACCUGAAGGAUAAACUUAGUGAGGCAGGAUUGGAGUUUUUAUUUUGUUUGGGGAGGAAUAGCUGCCAUAUAACUUAAUUGAAUGAUGUAAAUUGAGGCCGAGAGGAGGUGCAUUAACAGUUAGGUCUGGUUAUUGGCAAAAUUAAUUGUUGCACUCUUAAUGCUUAAUCACUUUUGAAAUGUUUCUCAUGUUUGCAUGGAGACUCUAGAACAGUUGUGUGCAGACCUUGCUUUCUGUGGUCAGUAUGUACUAAGCACAUGUGCAUGUGUAUCAAAGCAGACCAUAGUGGCCAUGGCUGCUUCUGCCCAGCUGGGUCUGAUGUGGGUGGAAAUGGGGAUUCAUGCUGAGCUAUUACUGCCAUGAAUUGUAAUGCGCAUUUAUGUAUUUAAUCCCUCAGUCCGUAUGAUACAAGAGAAGCAACAACAUACAAUAAGAAUUGUUAUGUCUUGGUCAACCCCACAAGUUUACUGAUUGUGUCCCGCUUCAAGUUUUGUGUUUUGCAUGGGUUUUUGGUGGAUAGUUUCAAACUUGUUAAUUUUGUGAACAAAAAUCACUAAGACCUAGUGAUAUCCCAGGUUAUAGUCAUUAUAUUGAGAAACCAAGAGUGUGACACUAGACUGCUGAAGUUUAAACAUUUUGUCCUGUAUACAGCAUUAUUUGGUGCAUUGUCUUAACACUGUCAUAUUGGAUGCUGGAAUGCUAGUUUUUCAGCAGCGGUCUCAACUCUGUGGGGUGGGGGGAAGUAAAACCUAAAGCACAUAAAAUCUGGGUCAUUUUUAGGUCUUAAUGGACAUUUUAGCGUGGGAUUUCUCUUUUGGUACAUUUACCUCAUUUUGCCACUUAAAUAUAUUUAAAAUUGCUAAUGAAUCAGAAAGAAAAAGCAAAUUACUUCAGUUGACUUCAUUUCAGAGUGUUUCAUUAAAUCAUACACACAUUGCAUCAUUUAAUAUGACAAGUUGUUUCCAAUGUUGUAUUAUAAAUCUAUCUGUAACCAAAUCAUUUGAAAGCUUGAUAAAUUUUUAACAAAAUUUGUACAUUUUUUAUGAAACUUACUAGUAAUGCUUUACCAAGUAGUGCAAUUAAUUUUUAUUUUUAAUCCCUGUGCCCAAUUUUGGAGUUGAGAGGGUUGUUCAUUAAUAAAUGUAUGAUGUAUACUUGCUCAGUUGACUUUUUAUCUUGGCUGGUCAGAAUGCUGACUUUAUUUUUCUACCAACAUUUUCUGUCUUUUACCCCACAAGUCUAAAGUUAUUUUCUCAUGUUAUUUUCUGUUUAAAGAAAUGAGAUCAAUAAGAUCAAAAAGGUAGUGAUCGACAACAACCAAUUUAGCUCCGUAUCCACAUACCUGAUGGGAAACUGGAUUUGUGAAAUAAAAACAAAGAAAGUUGAUAUAUGACGGCUGCCAGUGUUUGAGGAGAUAUCGACAGAUUGAGUUUUGAAACAUGACCAGCUCUCUCAUUUCUGCAUCCUUGCUGAUUCUGUCACUUCUAAUUCUGCCAAUGAUGAUGAAUCAACCCCUGUAAGCCAAGAUGGGCAGGCAAGCUGGCUUCUGGAGGUUGGCUGCUGACCAACUAAUUUCCAGUUUCUGCUCUGCUGUUUUGCGGUCUUCCCUUUCAAUUAUGUAUCAUAAGUUUAAUUUGAAUGUCUUGCUUAUAAUUUGUUUAUUGAAAUUAAAAAUUGUCACACUUUUGCUAAGAAA